AUGCCUAACCGCACCUGGGCGCGUCCACACCACUACAUCUUCUUCCAUACACACAGUGUGCGGACUGGUUGCACUGGCGCAAAGCAGCCCAACAUCCCUCCGACAACUAGAAAAACUAGGGCUUCACCAUCACCGUCGGAAGAGACACCACUGAAAAAUAUACCAGCGAUACACCUAGACCAGAUCAUGGACGACUCGCCGAAAGCAGAGAUCCACUGGACAAAAACGAUUGACCAGCAACACAUACCUGGGCUGAAGUCAGGGGACAUCGAGGUUCAGGUGGAGGGCGACAAUGUGCUUGUGAUCAGCGGAGAGAGGAAGCGAGAGGAGCAGAAAGAUGGAGCUAAGUAUUUGAGGAUGGAGCGGAGGGAUGGAAAGUUGAUGAGGAAGUUUUUGUUGCUUGAGAAUGCUAAUACUGAUCAGAUCUCUACUUUUUGUCAAGACGGUGUGUUCACUGAAUUUCUCUGGAUCUGA